AUGAGUCUCCUCGCUGUCUCUUUUGGGCUGCUGCUCCGUCUCGCUGCCGCGGACGGCACGGGCAACCACCCGGAAUGGCCUCGUUGGUGCGGCAAAGCGUACCAGCCCCACUUCGACCCCGGCGGCCAGACUGUCGAGCCGCCCGCGCUGCCCGGCGGCCCGGCCCUCGACGUGCGCUUCAAGCCACGCUACAGCAUCUACCUCGAGAGCGAGACGCGUGCAGAGUUCGUAGUUGAUGCCGACGUCUCAAAGUGGCACGGCCAGCCAUGGCCCGACCUGGGCACGCCCGGGACGGCACCUGCCGUCCACUUCAACAUCAGUCUCGUGUCUGGCGGUGGUGCCCUCGUCGCCGACAAGCUCGUCGUCGGCUCCAAAUCGAACCUGUUUGCCUUUAGUCUCGCCGCGCUCCAACCCAGCCUCGACCCCUACAAGGUCCUUCUCACAGGCACGGCCGAGCAUGGUGCGCCCAGCAUCACCGCCACCAGCGAGCUCUUUCUGCUGCCGGACAAGAAGACCGGCAGCGUCACUAGGCUUGAUAAUCUCAACGGCGGCAUCCUCUUCCGCAGUCGCGCGACGGGGGGGAGGUUUGAGCCGUUUAUGCCCUACGGCUUCUAUGCCUCAUGCGACAACUUCCUCUGUGAUCGGGACAACCUGAGCAAGAUCAAGGCAUACCACGACUUGGGACUCAACAGCAUGGUUUCGCUCACCACCAUCUUGGACUCGAGGCCGGCGUACGAGUACCUGGACAAGCUCGAUCUGAGGUUCAUGUACGACCUCCGCAGCUAUUACAAGAACCUGACGGCGGUGCGCCAACAGGUAUCAGCCGUCAAGGACUUUGAUGCCAUCUAUUCAUACUGGGGCUCAGACGAGCCGGACGGACAUCAGGACCCCUUCAACCUCGUCGUCGAGGCCCGGGAUGCCAUCCGCAAGAUUGACCCUUACCACCCCGUCUCCGUCACGCUCAACUGCCAAAACUACUACUUCAAGGAAUACUCGGCUGGAGCCGACUUCAUUAUGGAGGACGUCUACCCCGUGGCCAUCAACAGCACCUUUUCGAAAUGGGGCACGGCCUGUAACUCCACCUAUGGCGACUGCGGCUGCGACAACUGCCAGGGCGGCGUGGGUGACGUUGCUCGUCGGCUGGACCAUCUCGCGCGGUACGAGGAAUGGCUCGGUCUCUGGCCCAAGACCAAGGCGCACAAUCCGCAGAGCUUCCACGGCGAGGGCUACUGGCCGAGGGACCCGACGGAGGAGGAAGCGGUGGCAAUGAGUGCGCUAGCUUUCAAUCACGGCGCCAAGGCCAUCGCCUCGUGGGUGUGGCCGACGAGCGAUGUGCUGGCCAAAGUUCACGGCAGGUUUGCGCAUGCCGCUGCCAAGGAGCCGGUCCGUAGCAUGAUUACCGAGGGUCGAGCGAACAGGGUUCGAGUCGAGGGACCUGCGUCUGUCGACGUGGCUUACUGGACGGUGGAGGAGAAGCGUCAGGUUCUCUUGUCCGUCGUCAACGGAGGCUCGGAACCCUUCAACGGACUCGUCACCGUCCCGCUGCCAGCGCGGACAAUGCCACUGGCCAACGAGCGCGUCGUCUGGGGUAAUGGGACUUGGACGCUGGGCGACGGCGUGGUUCAACUUGGUGGCGUGGCUGCCAUGUCGACCAACAUGGUCAUUCUUAGUAUUGGCGGUGACGCUCACGAGAACUGA